GUCCCCUGUUAUUUACUGGCAGUGUCUUUUUAAGGAAUAAUGUGCGACAAUAAGAAGAAGUCAAUGCCCCAAUGUCUCUCUGUUACUAAAUAACCGCCCUCCUCUCUUCUCAUGUCCCUGAGACUGACACUCAUUCCCUCCCUCAGUCUCUGUGUCUGACUCUGAGGAGAGGGAGGGGGCGGGGCUUGCUCAGCGGCUGAACAUGGACUCACCCUGGGACUGUACCACUUGCCUGAGGGAAACAGAUAAGGGAAAGGCAUUGACUGUAUAAAUGGAGCUGUUGGGAGAGCAGGGGUAGUGGAGUUUAGGAAGGAGAGAAGGGGGUAAAUAAGGGAAUAGUUUGGCUACUGGUAACACUGACGCCUAAACCUUUGUCUCACACAGAGAAGAAUUGAUUGAAUCCCUGUGACAGUGGAAAUUGGAAUGUUCUGUGACAAGGUGACUUCUGGGAAACUCACCAGACGAGUAGAAGAAGAGGAUUUUCAGGGCAGCAACAUUUUGUUUGGUUCCAUAUGGAUCAAAGAUCAUAACAAUGAAUAAGAUCAGAAGGAACCAACUUAAUGAAGUGAAGACCUUAAGAAGAACCUUAACCAACCCCAAACUAACACAACCAGAGGGUCAUUUAACUACUGUACAUAUGGCACAAGAACCAACUAGAAAAGCAACGUCGGUUAGUUAUGGAUCAUCAAACAAUGGAAGAGACCUCUGAUCUGAGAACACAAAAGCAACAGAGGUUUCUAUCUCACCCUUUAAAAUAUGACUCCAGGUUUAAUGCAAAUCAAUGUCCCACAUCGAAUCAAUGAUAAUUACAGAUUCUCCAACACAUAACACAAUGUCAAGGUCCAAAACCAGCCCAUAGCGAGGUCCAUAGAGAGCUCUCUAAAGAGUGACGACCAGUGCAGUCAUUUAUCUGUAGUGUAAGAGACAAUUCUUUCAAAAAGGGAAUCCUCUCAACCACCAGCAAAUUCAUACCAAGAAGAUUUCUGUCUUCAAAUGUUGGAAAUGUUUGUCCCAACAGAAGGAUCCUUUUAGCUCACCGCUGGGCUCAUACUCGGAGAAAACCUUUUACUUGUGCUCAAUGUACUAAGGUUUCUUGUAGAAACGAGAUCUUCACAGGCAUCGGCAGAUCCAUAAAGAGGAGAAACUAUAUGUUAAUGACCUUUGUACAAAGGGGGAUCAUUUUGAUUCAAACAAUCGACAUGAAAAUUGAAGUUGAUGCUCAAACAGAAGAGAAUCCGUUUGACUCCAAGUGUGAAACAGGGCACAAUGAUAAGAGUGAACUUGACGCUCACCUUCAGACUCACGGAGAAGAGAAGCCGUUUGUCUGUAACACAUGUGAGAAGAGCUACAGAGAUGAGAAUCAACUCAACACCCACAUGCGGAGUCAUUCAGGAGAGAAGCGUUUUGUCUGUAGUGAGUGUGGGAAAAGCUUUAAGGCUAAAUGUAAGCUAAAUGAUCAUUUUCGAAUUCACACAGGAGAGAAACCAUUCAUUUGUUCUGAGUGUGAGAAAUGUUACAGGAGAAAAUCAGACCUAGUUGCUCAUCAGAAAGUUCACACCCAUGUAAACUCCUUUCUCUGCCCAGAGUGUGGCAAACGCUACGCCAGUAAAAGAAAUUUAAAGGCUCAUCUUAACGUUCAUACAGGAAAUACUUUCCAAUGCACGGAGUGUGGCAAAUCAUUUCCAAAAAAGAGCAGCCUCGAAAGGCACCAAAUGGUCCACACCGGGGAGAAGCCGUUCGAGUGCACAGACUGUGGAAAAGCAUUUCCAUUAAAGAAGAACCUUCUAAGGCACCAAAUGAUCCACACUGGGGAGAAACCAUUUGAGUGCACAGAGUGCGGGAAACACUUUAGGUACAAAACUAGGCUCAACAUUCAUUAUUUAGUUCAUGCUGGGGUUAAGCCUUUCACUUGUUCUGAGUGUGAGAAGCAGUAUACGUCGAAAUAUGCACUUGAUUAUCACCUGUUAACUCACACUGGGGAGAAACCCUUUGUCUGUACUGAGUGUGGGAAAUCGUUCAGGGUUAGGCAGGGUCUCAAGCAACAUCUUCAGUGUCACACAGGGGAGAAACCAUUUGUCUGUAUUGAGUGUGGGGAGGCCUUCAGGGUUAAGCAGGGUCUCAGACUUCAUCUGCAGUUUCACACAGGGGAGAAACCAUUCCCCUGUCCUGAGUGUGGGGCUUGUUUUAGGAGAAAAGUAGAACUUGAGUGUCACCUUGCGAGUCACAUCGGAGCAAGACCUUUUGCCUGUACGGAAUGUAAGAAAACCUUCAAGACAAAAAGUGAGUGUGAUGAUCAUUAUUAUACACACAAAGGAGAGAAACCCUUUGUCUGUAACGAGUGUGGGAAAUGUUACAGUAUGAGACGUAGUCUUCUCACUCAUCUGCGGAGUCACACGGGAGAGAAACCCUUUGUCUGUAACGAGUGUGGGAAAUGUUACAGUAUGAGACGUAGUCUUCUCACUCAUCUGAGGAGUCACACGGGAGAGAAACCCUUUGUCUGUAACGAGUGUGGGAAAUGUUACAGUAUGAGACGUAGUCUUCUCACUCAUCUGCGGAGUCACACGGGAGAGAAACCCUUUGUCUGUAACGAGUGUGGGAAAUGUUACAGUAUGAGACGUAGUCUUCUCACUCAUCUGAGGAGUCACACGGGAGAGAAACCUUUUGUCUGUAACGAGUGUGGGAAAUGUUACAGUAUGAGACGUAGUCUUCUCACUCAUCUGCGGAGUCACACGGGAGAGAAACCCUUUGUCUGUACUGACUGUGGCAAAAGCUACAGGGAUAAGAAAUGUCUCCUUAUUCAUCUUCACAGCCACAAACAAUAAAACUUUCCCAAGUAGAUUUUGAGGAAACGUUUUUUAUAAAUGGUGGGUCACCAGGUGGCACGUGCUGGAAUAAAAUUCUGUCGUUAACAACUUGAA